UCGUCUCUGACGGUCAUUCUUCUCUUUAAAUGUUACACAAUAAGUGAACUGGCAAAGUUAGCUACUUACUAACUCUAACUACCUAACAUAGCUAGCUGGAAUAUGUAAUGUUACCAAAAGAGGAACUGACGUUAGCUAGCAACAUUAUUUUGCUAUAGGCUAGCCUGGUAAACGUUAUCGAGUCUGGACAGUUAGUGCUGUGUAACGUUUUUUUUAGGGCUGUACAAGCUACUAUGUGACCCCAAUGACUAUUUAACGUAACGUUAACUAGCUGACUAAUAAAGGUCACAAAGAAGAGAGAAAUUAUUGGAUGAACAGCAACACUGGAUUGUUGCUAUGUUGACUUUGCUCUACUCUACCGCCAUGGUGACCGAUCCCCAGUCAAAGCCUACCCCACUGAUCGCUACCAGGAGAGCUCUUGGCCACAGGGCUUUGGACAGCUCUCGCAGGAAGGAAUGAGGCAGCACUUUGAGCUGGGACAGGUGCUGCGGAAACGCUAUCAGGGUUUUCUAAAUGACACCUAUGACCGACAUGAGAUUUCUGUGAGGAGCACAGACUAUGACCGGACCUUGAUGAGUGCAGAGGCCAACCUGGCAGGAUUGUACCCUCCCAAUGGGUCACAGGUCUUCAACCCAUCACUGGAGUGGCAGCCUAUUCCUGUUCACACUGUACCCCUGGAUGAGGAGAGGCUUUUGUCAUUUCCCAUUCCGGGUUGCCCUCGUUAUAAAAUCCUCAUGAUUGAGACUGAACGCACAGAAAAGUACCUCAACAUGACAUUUCUAUACAAAGAUCUAAUAGCGACGGUACGGGAGAAAACUGGUCUGAAGAACACCACCAUUGAGACUGUUUGGAGUGUCCAUGACACCCUGUUCUGUGAGGCAAGGCACAACAUGACCGCUCCUGACUGGGUGACCCCUGAGAUCAUGGAUGAUCUGAGGAAGCUCAAAGACUUUGGCUUUGAAAUCCUGUUUGAGGUCUACAAGCAUCAGGAGAAAAGCCGUCUCCAAGGAGGUGUCCUCUUGGGUAGCAUUGUAAAUAACAUCUCGGAGUCUGCACUUCCCGACUCCAAUCGCCGUCUGAAGAUGAUGAUGCUCUCUGCGCAUGACACCACCAUUGUGGCUCUGCAGUCAAGUUUGAGUAUCUUCAAUGGAAAGCAGCCGCCCUAUGCCUCCUGCCACAUAUUUGAACUCUAUCAAGAGGACAAUGGAUCAUUCACAGUGGCCAUGUUUUAUCGCAAUGACACCACAAGAGCGCCUUACCAAUUGGCUAUACCUAGCUGUGACCUCUUCUGCCCCCUGGAGGACUUUGUGCGCCUCACCAAACCAUCCAUCCCAGAGGAUUGGGACAAGGAGUGCAUGGUUGAGUCUCCUACAAAGGAUACAGAGGUGGUCAUCGGACUAGCAGUUUGUGGCUGUUUGCUCUUCCUCCUUAUCGUCCUCCUGCUCGCUGUGCUUUGUCGGCAACGUGAUCCCUCCAACGGCUACAGUCACAUUCACAAUGAGAUUGAAUCUUGACAAAAGUACAAACUCCACCGUAGGCAGGAUUCAUGGGAGAGUGAAGAUGUUGUUUGAAUGCCUCCCAGCUCUGCCCUCUGGUGGGGGAUGCAGGAAAAGGGAACACUAGACUCCUUUUUAGUGCAACUUUUUUAUUUUUUUUUAAUUUACUUUUUACAUUAAAAAAAAGAAUUUUCCUUUAAAGGGGACUGUGACCUUUCACCAAAAAUGCACAAACUUACUGGGGAGGACAAAAGUUAUCUAGUCUUCUAGUCAACUGUUGUCAUGGUAAGUAUUCUUAAGCUUGUGAAUGAAGUUGGUUACUGCAUUCGGACAAAAAUGGCUUUUUUAAUGUUUUCAAAUACUACUUGUACUCAUGGGUCCAAGUCACCUGACCAGCAUUCUUACAAAAUGUGGACCACUGGAUGCUUCAUGCUUGUUUGAUUCUCCACUUGGAGAAUAAUGAUCAUUGUGACACUGAACCCGAGGACUGCUUGUGCUUCAUUCUUUCCAAGGAACAGAUUUUGGCCGACUGUACUGCGCAUUCUUCUACCAAGUCAUUUGAUGAAGAAUACUAUUCAUUUCCUCUGGUGGUGAUUGUCAUGGUACUUGGAGAAGCCUUAACCUCAUGGUAGUCUUGGUAAAGGCUUUGCUCUAUAUGUCAGAGGCAUGUACUACUUACUAACAAGUCUGUCAUGCUUUGUGCCUAGGGCUGUUAGAUUCAAUUUAAGGCACAGUAAUUCAUUUAUUUGCUGAAAAAGCUACAUGUAUCUAACAGUGUGACUGCCCUCUUUCUGCUCUUUUAAAACUGCCUCUGAGGUUUAGACCUUAUUUUUUUAAGGAACGUUAAGUUUUCUUUCCCUCAAAGUAAAAAUAAAAUAAAAAUAUUACAAUAUAAAUACAGUAUGAUACCUUCAAGUUAGUGAGUGCAGUGUCCCCCACUGAGUUCCCAUCAAACAAGUCACUCCGACCAAGGUAAAGACAGCUUCAGGUUGGAUAUUAAACGGAUAUCCGUCUGUAGUUUUCCUUACAUCCAGCAACUGCAGUUAGGAACGGUCAACCGUGACGAAUCACAUUUUUCACAUUUCAAUAGCUCUUUAACCGUUACUCUUAACUUUCAAAACUGGUUAUAGCUAACCUGAUGGCAUAGACACACAUUGCGCACUUUUUUGUGUGUCAAUUUACAUCUCGCACUAUUUUAAAUUAUCUAUAUAUUUUUUUACAUUUCAAUAGGUCCUUGGUUAUGUGACCUGACUUCAAACAAGGUUCAGAAUGUCCAAUGACUACCCUUGUAUAUUGCACACUCUUUAGUUUAUCCAUUUACAUCUCAUGAUUUUACAUUUAAUUUUUCAAACUUUAUCAUUUCAAUUUCUCCUUGGUAAUGUGACAGACUGACCUCAAAACUACUUUCAGAAUGUCCACGGACUGGUGGAGACGGGCGCCACGAGGCAUCCAGUGCGGUAAUGCGGCCGAUCCCGGAGAAGCUGGCGGGAGCCCUGGAAUGGGUUUGCCACGAGGGAGGGGCCCAAGCCCUGGAAAGCUUUGCUGUUUCGACGGCAUUCGGUGAGCUCUCCCUGGCUCUUGAAAGUCCGGGGGAGAGGGUGUAAAUCUCACGCCGGGCAAUAUUACUUUACUAUAUCCGCAGCAGGUCUCCAAGGUGAACAGCAACUUCGGGAUAAGGAUUGGCUCUAAGGGCUGGGUCGGUCAAGCUGGGGUGCGAAGUGGGGCUGGGCUCGAACCGCGGCUGGGGGAGCAGUCCCUCCGUCACCCUCCUCUCACCACCAUUUAAUUGUGUGGUCCAUCUUGUGGUCUCACAAGGGGCUGCGUGCUGGGAUUCGUUGGGAUGGUGUCUGUCGGUGGGCCGAAGGCGGACUGGUGGGGGGUUGGGUCCGGCGAUUGGUGGCGGCAACUCUGGAAGCGCGCCGGGCCCUUCUCGCGGAUCUCCAGCUAUGGCGCUCGCCUGCCCCACGCAUUGUAGGUGGCGAGGUCGCCUCAAGUCUAGUGAGCGUAGAGGAGACUAGACCCAAUGGCCCUGCAGUGAUAGGGCAUUGCAUGGAUCUGGCUCAUGCCCUACGAAGUGGGGAGAGGUAUCUCCAGCUUGUCUGGGGAGGGAGGCCUACAUCUGUGGGUAGUACCAUCCAUGCCCAGGGAUUUGUAUGUAGCAGAGCAGCUCACUCGCUGCAAUCUAUUGAAAGUCAGCCCUCGAUCCUCGAGCACUCAGGCCAUGGAUGUUGGUGUGCAGCACGUGCACAGAGCCUGUUUCGACAGCGGGACUGUAGACGUUUUAGUAAUUCCAGGGAGUAAGCCAAGGGAAAGGGGUGUUGACCGGGUAGGGAGAGUAGGUGUGGAGGUCUGUAGUUCCAGGGAGUAAGCUAUACACACUCAGGCCCAGGGAGAGGGCGAGCAGAGAGUAUAGGCCUAGAGACCAGGAAUCAGAGGUCACCAGGUCAAUAGGGGGCCUGCCUGGAGGUCAGGAAGGCCCAAGUGAAUAGGUGUGUGUGACACUGUCCUUCAGGGGUGCAGAGCAAGCAACUUAAUGUAAAAUCGUUUGAGAUGAAAAUGGACAAACUGAAGGGUGUGCAAUGUGUAGGCCCACUGAGUGUACAUUCUGAACCUUGUUUGAAGUCAGAAGGUCACAUGACCAAGGAGCUAUUGAAAUUCAAAUGUAAAAAAAGUUUGUACAUUGUUUACGCCCCCUAACUAAUUCAACUAGGAAUACAAAAUGCUGCUCACAUGUUUAUUAGCUUUGCAAAGUGAAUUAAUGUCCAAAUCGUGAAAAUAAGACCUGUGCUGUAACACAAAAUCUAACCAUGAAUAAAAGUCCAAUGUUGGUAGUGACUGCCCAUUACUGCUUAACAUUUAUUAACCAUUAUUCAUUUUACUUUACUAUAAUUGUAAUCUCUCCGCACUACCUGUAAUUUAAUUUGCAUGUGUUCAUCCCAUUGUGGUUUCAUGGGCAAUGAGUAAUUUAUAAUGGAGCCUAUUGUUUAACCAGACAUCUGAUUCAAGUUGUCCAACUGGUUUUUGUAGACAUCAUGGCCCCAAUAAUCAUGUCUCCAUUUUAUCACAUCGCUACGUGACAGACUGGAGAGUAAUUCUUAUCUGUAAUAUUUUGUGUUAAAUCAUGAACAAUUGGUUUCACCGUGCUUGAAUUAUGCUGUUUAACAUAAAAUCGUUCAUGUCCUGAUAUGCUGGAAAUUAGUUGUAAGAAUUUUUUGCACUGGGAAUUCGCAAUACUUUAUAUGAUUUGAGUCACUGUUUGCAUGUGGAUUGCUUAAACUGCAUUUUGAGUUGUCUUAUCAAUAAUGUUGCUUUUAUUGCACCUUUUCAAUAAAUUCUUCUGUAAUAAAA